GCCUGCUUGCGACGUCGAUCGCGGGGGCGUGUGUCUUGCUGGGACACAGUGGAGGGCUAACCUUUGGUUUGCGGAGCGGUCGGGUGUAUUCCCCACUCGCCCCCCACGCCCUCGAGGUCCCCGCCGCCCGACCCAACGGCGGAGCCGGCCAGCACCUCCCGAGGCUUCCUCCGGCACCGGAUCGCUCCUCUCCGGAGCGGAACCUGGCCCAGCGGCUCCGGUCACUAUGAGUGAGACAUCGUACAGCCUAAUAUCUGAGAAAUGUGAUAUCCUCUCAAUCCUCCGGGACCAUCCUGAAAACAGGAUUUACCAGCGGAAAAUCCAGGAGCUCAGCAGAAGGUUCACGGCGAUCCGGAAGACCAAAGGGGACGGCAACUGCUUCUACCGUGCCUUGGGCUACUCCUACCUGGAGUCCCUGCUGGGCAAGGGCAGAGAGAUCCUCAAGUUCAAGGAGCGCGUCCUGCAGACCCCAAAUGACCUUCUGGCUGCUGGCUUUGAGGAACACAAGUUCCGGAACUUCUUCAAUGCCUUUCACAGCGUGGUGGAGCUGGUGGAGAAGGACGGCUCCGUGUCCAGCCUGCUGAAGGUGUUCAACGACCAGAGCUCCUCCGACCGCAUCGUGCAGUUCCUGCGCCUGCUCACCUCUGCCUUCAUCAGGAACCGGGCCGACUUCUUCCGACACUUCAUUGAUGAGGAGAUGGACAUCAAAGACUUCUGCACUCACGAGGUGGAGCCCAUGGCCAUGGAAUGUGACCACAUCCAGAUCACAGCCCUGUCCCAGGCUCUGAACAUCGCCCUGCAGGUGGAGUACGUGGAUGAGAUGGACACUGCCCUCAACCACCACGUGUUCCCCGAGGCCGCCGUCCCUUCUGUCUACCUGCUCUAUAAAACAUCCCACUACAACAUCCUUUAUGCAGCCGAUAAACACUGAUUAUUUAGGCCAUGCAGUGGAACCUGUCACCUAAAGGGACUGUAUCCUGUGUGGAACAUUCCGGCUUUUCCAUUUUUUUUUUUUUAAAAGCGAUUUAGACUGUAACAAGAACAUCCACGGCCUUUGGGCAAAGCCACUGGGACUGAGACCCUACCUGCUGCGGACAAUGGU